AAUAGAAUGAAUAGCCGGAAUAGGAAGAGCGAAUUGGAGGAGGUGGAAGAGCUGCUCCGUGCGGCAGAGGAUGACGUGUCCCUCAAGCUGAGUCUGAAUUCCCAUAUGGCUCGAGGUUCUUCCACCCAAUUCAUCGAUCCAGAUCUCGAUCAACGUUUUCAAGCCCUCAGAUCCAAGCAAACUCCCCCCAAAAAACCUAUUUCCCAAAAGGGUUUAGUCAAUCAGCCACCUUCAGCUACCUCACCAACCGACGAGUCAGAUGACUUGCUUACCAGAUUUGCAUCUCUCAAAAGCUCACUUCCCUCUUAUUCUUCGGCUUCAUCAUCUGCUAAGCAACACGCGGUGGUGGAGGAUGAAGAGGAUGAUGAUGAUGAAGUUGAAAAGGUGAUUAAGUGGGCCAUUGAUGCUGCUAGGCUUGAUCCUUCACCUCCCUCCGGGACUGAUGACGAUGACGAAAACACCACUGAUGAGGAGGACGAGGGUGAAAAUAGUGAUGAUGAUUUCAACCGUGGCCAUAGAAAAGCUAAGCGGAAAUGAUUUAUGAGUGAGUGUAUGUGUAUUUUUUUUCUUUCUUGAAUUGAGAUCUUUGCUUAGAAAAUUAGGCAUUUUUCAAUGUAAGUUCUAGUACAUAAAUAACUGUCUCUACCUUCUAUAAGGUAGCUAGUUCCAGUGCUUUGAUGCAUAGCGUUUUGAGUAUAGAGGAAUUAGCUUUAUGUUGUUGUAUCUCCUAAA